UAUGCGCAUUGGAUGAUUCCCAAGAGAUAAGGUUGAAGUGAAUCAUAUGCUUCAUUACAAAGAAGAAGAUGUGAUGGAAUGACCCGCGGUGUGACUGAGUUACUGACAUUGAAAUAUUUUUCAAGACUCGUGUGAAUUUUUCUGUUUUGUGUUACUUUAUUUUAUUUAUUGGUUGUUCAGCAUCCAGAGAUUAAGCGACAGUUGCGGUUCUCACGCUUAAACCAUCUUGUUUUUUUUGCGGCGGAGGGUUGGUAUGGCGUUGGGUGGACAGACGGACAGUUAGACAGUCAUCUAGAGACAGACGGACGGACAGACAGAAGCGCAUUCAUGGCUGGGCCUGUACCUACAACCUCAACAACUGUCAUGGCUGAUUAAUAAUGGACAUUUAGUUUACUUCUUGCGCGUUCGAAUAGGAGAAUCGGUCAGCAGAGUUUUGUGGAAGUUUCUUUUUGUUUGGGUAUCGCCACCAUGAACGGCAUUGCACUAAGUGAACUUUGCUGCCUCCUGUGCUGUCCCCCCUGUCCGUCGCGUAUUGCUUCCAAAUUGGCCUUUUUACCCCCGGAGGCCACGUACAGCUAUCAUGCAGAUGAAAGCGGAACCAAAUUUUCGAUGCAUUUCACCGAGAAGGCCGAGUGGCAGCACUCGGAGAGGGAGCGAGAGAACAUCGAAGGUUUCUACGCCCGCACCUCAAGGGGCAACAAGAUCGGUUGUAUUUUCGUCCGCUGCUCCCCCAAUGCAAGGUUCACCAUCCUUUUCUCCCACGGCAAUGCUGUUGAUUUGGGACAGAUGAGCAGCUUCUACUGGGGAUUGGGCAACAGGAUCAAUUGUAACAUUUUUAGUUAUGACUAUUCGGGUUAUGGAGUCAGCACAGGCAAGCCAUCAGAGAAGAACCUGUACGCUGACAUUGAUGCUGCAUGGCAUUCGCUGAGGACUCGAUAUGGCAUCAGUCCUGAGAACAUCAUCUUGUAUGGCCAAAGCAUUGGCACAGUACCCACCGUGGACCUGGCGGCACGGUAUGAAGUAGGUGCUGUCAUUCUUCAUUCCCCUCUCAUGUCUGGAAUGAGAGUGGCGUUCCCCAACACAAAGCGGACUUGGUUUUUCGAUGCCUUUCCGAGCAUCGACAAGGUUCCUAAAGUCACUUCUCCAGUGCUCGUAAUCCACGGCACAGAGGAUGAGGUGAUCGACUUCUCCCAUGGCUACAACAUCUACAAGAGCUGUCCUCGUGCGGUGGACCCACUGUGGGUAGAGGGGGCCGGGCACAACGACGUGGAGCUGUUCGGGGCGUACCUGACCCGCUUGAAGCAGUUCGUGUCCGAGGAGCUCGUCAACUGACAGCUGCUCCCGGCCGGCGGGGCGUCGUCGGCCACCACGACGACGGAGACGGAGACGACGGUGAGCGACACGACGACAGGGUCCGUGACGGAGAAGCUGCUCUAGCGGCACGCCCCAGCCCCGGCACCUCAACCUGCCGGGGCUGGUAGAGCCCGCCAGGCCCGCCAGCAACGCGAGGACGGCGACGGCCCCCCCGACGG